AUGUCUUCGCGUCUCUACUCGCACUGCUUCUACCUGGACAUGGCCGACUCCCUCCACCAUGACAAUGAAGUGUCUCAUUGCACAUCACCUGCUCCUCCUACGCAUGCACUUGGUCCACUGCAGGGCGUCUACGUUCCUGCAACCGAUGGCACAAAGAUCGCGCUAGACAUCCUAUUCCCUGAAGCACCCUCUGGAACAACCUUCCCAACGGUCCUCAUGAUGACACGAUACUGGCGGAACAAGAUCGGCGAAGACCUCUACCCCUGGCAGACCUAUUUCGCCGAACGAGGUUUCGUCGCCAUCCACGGUGAUGUACGGGGCACAGGAGCCUCAUUUGGACAAUGGCCCUAUCACAGGUCCCGCUUGGAAACACUGGACUUCACGCCGAUCAUGGAUUGGAUUGUCGCUCAAUCCUGGUCUGACGGUAGGAUUGCAGGCACCGUGACUUCAUACAGCGCCAACACUGCAGAUUGGAUGGCCGAGCGAAAGCACCCGGCGCUCAAGGUGAUUGUACCGCGGUAUGCUGAUUACGAUCCUUACACCGACGUGUACUUUCCGGGAGGGCUUCCGAAUGCUUUCAUGGGACGCACAUGGGGGAUGAGAGUCAAGAAUCUCGAUCUCAACCUCAAAAGGAAUGCCCAAGGACAACUGUUGCCGGGAGUUCGACUUGUAGAUGAGUCUGAAGGCGGGCAGAUGCUUCGAGACGCCUUGGAAGAGCAUCGACCGGUCCCUUCAGUGUGGGAGGGUCUUCAGGAAGUCACGUAUCGUGACGAUCGGCCGUCGUCUUGGCACGGUACGUCCAUGACAGACUUUGGUAUUGCUGCCCACAUGGAGCGUGUCAACGAGGCAGAGAUGCCAUGUCAGACUUGGGCCUCAUGGAUGGACACAUGCACAGCAAACGGGGCAAUACGUCGAUUCUUGACUCUGAGAGAUCGAGUCCAGGUCGUUAUCGGACCCUGGGGUCAUGGAGGCAGAAGCACCCUUGAUCCCCUUUGCCCUGAAAACGACAAGAUCAUGCCUUACCUCACCCAGCAAGCAAUGGUAUAUAUGUUCAUCCAACAGGGUCUUGAUGGCGAGAUGAGAGAUAUGGGGAAGCGGAUCGAUUACUUUACUCGUGGCGAACAACGAUGGAAGACGACUAGAACAUGGCCGCUGCCGGAGACGAAGUACGAAGAGUGGCAUUUCGGUCCUGAUAGCCGCCUGGUGAGAGACCUCACUGCGGAUGGUGUAGAUACCUAUGCCGUCGACUUCGGCGUCGGCAGCGGCAAGACAACUCGCUGGCACACUGGUCAGGACGGCGGCCCGGUUUUUUACCACGAUCGAGCAGAAGUCGACAAGCGUCUCUUACGCUAUACAAGCCCACCGCUUUCCCAAGACGUCGAGAUCACAGGCCAUCCCGUCGUGACCAUGUCCUUGACAUCAACCGAGACCGACGGGGCAUUCAUCGCAUAUCUGGAACUCGUCGCCCCCGAUGGCAAAGUCAUCUACCUGACCGAAGGACACCUUCGAGGCAUUCAUCGUCGAGUCUCAAAUGAACCCUCGCCUGAAGCAGCGAUUGGUCCUCAGCAUAGCUUCCUCCGCAAAGACGCCAUGCCUUUGGUACCUGGAGAGUUGGUCGAGGUCACAUUUGCCCUGAAUCCGUUGUCGAUCCUCGUCCCUGCGGCUUAUUGUAUUCGUUUGGCGCUCGCAGGAGCGGAUGUUGAUAUUUUUGCGCGUAUCCCUGCGGUGGGUGGUCCCGUCUGGGGUGUCCAUCGUGGACCAUCGGCCAGGUCGAGGGUUACGCUUCCUGUAAUCCCUCGACAGCGAAAGGGGCUUCUCCAGCAGUCGCGUAGUGGCUGA